AUGGCAACCGAGACAAUCACGCGUCCAGCGUUUCUGUCCUUACCGAAAUGGAACCAGGUUCCGGAAACCAAACAUGAAUUGGACUGGGCCGAUUUGGUGACCCUAGACCUCAGCAAGUUUGACCAGCCUGGCGGUAAACAAGAGUUGGCAUCUCAGCUCUUUGAUGCCGUGAAUCGGAUAGGUUUCUUCUACAUUAUCAAUUUCGGCCUCUCGCAGGAGGAGGUCGACCGCCAAUUCAGCCUGUGCAAGCAGGUCUUCAACCUCCCAACGGAGGAGAAGAUCAAGUACCGUGCCGACCUCGAGCACGGAGGCUACAACGGCUACAAGCCCCUGGGCAUCCGCGAGAUUAAGAACGGCGUCAAGGACAACACGGAGAUCUACAACAUCCCCAAGUUCAUCCCCCAGUACGAGCGGGCGCACCCGGCCAUCAUCCAGGAACACUGGGACGAGAUCCAGUACUUUGCCACGCACAUUCACUCCCAGAUCGUGCGCAAGCUGCUCGUGUUGUUCGCGCUGGUGCUCGAGUUGCCCGAGGAUUACUUUUUGAAGAUCCAUCGCUAUGACGAGAAGAGUGAUUGCCACUUCCGUUAUAUGAAGUACCACCGCCGGUCGCCGGAGGUCAAUAAACAGCUCGAUAACGUCUGGGUCAAGGGACAUACCGACUUUGGGAGUUUAACCCUGCUUUUUCGACAACCCGUGGCCGCCCUGCAGGUGCGCACGCCCGAGGGCGAGUGGAAAUACGUCAAGCCGUACCCGGAGAGCAUCACGGUCAACAUCGCCGACGUGCUGCAGUUCCUGACCAACGGGUUCCUGAAGUCCAGCAUCCACCGCGUCGUGGCGCCACCGGCGGACCAGGCCGACGUCGACCGCCACGGUGUCCUGUACUUUGUCCGGCCCGAGGACGACACCGAGCUGGUGCCCAUCCAGGGCAGCCCCGUGCUGGAGCGCCUUGGGUACGACAAGGCCCUGGACCCGGCGACCGUCGGGUUGACCGCUGGCGAGUGGGUGAAGGCGCGGGUCGCGAAGAACGUCAGUCGCGUUGGCAAGGAGGAGGAGAGUAUCAUUAAAGGUGUCAAGGCUCGGUACUAUGACUGA